CCAGAACUAAGUCUGAGGCUGGGGUGGGGCUGCCAGGGCAAGAAAAACUUUUUUCCCCACUUUGCAUUUUCUUAGGAGCGUUCAGAAUCAUUGACUCACAGUUGUCAGUUUAGGGGAUAAUUUAUUUGCUGCUUGGAGGGGUUCUAAGAAGAGCCAAUAAGAAAGGAGGUUCUUCCAUAACACAGAAACACUGUGGACCCCAAGCCCCACCCUAGCCACCUUUUCAAAGACUCCAGCUGCCCCCCUCCAGUGCUCUGCUUCCCCAUCACAUGCUCAUGCCCCUGGGUGGGCUGCUGCGGUGGUGCUGCGGUGGCUGGUACUGCUGUGGAUUGUGCACCCCAGACCCCCAGAUGUUGCGCCACCAGGGUCUCCUCAAGUGCCGCUGCCGAAUGCUCCUCAAUGACCUGAAGGUUUUCCUACUGAGGCGCCCCACUCCAGCGCCCCUGCCCAUGCACGGCGACCCCCAGCUCCCUGGUGUGGCGGCCAACAACAACACCCUUCCGGCUCUCGGUGCCGGGGGGUGGGCAGGCUGGAGGGGCCCUCGAGAAGCGGUGGGAAGGGAGACCCCUCCUCUGCCACCCCCACCUCCUUCUGUGGAAGAUGACUGGGAUGGCCCAGCCACAGGGCCACCUGCCUCGCUGCUCAGCAGUGCUUCCUCUGAUGAAUUCUGUAAGGAGAAAGCUGAGGACUGCUACUCUCUAGGAAGUAGCUUGGACAGUGGUAUGAGAACUCCCCUCUGCCGCAUCUGUUUCCAGGGACCAGAACAGGGAGAGCUGCUAAGCCCAUGCCGCUGUGACGGUUCAGUCAAAUGUACCCACCAGCCGUGUCUCAUCAAGUGGAUCAGUGAAAGGGGCUGCUGGAGCUGUGAGCUGUGUUACUACAAGUACCAUGUCAUCGCCAUAAGCACAAAGAAUCCUCUGCAGUGGCAGGCCAUAUCCCUGACAGUCAUCGAGAAGGUUCAGAUUGCAGCUGCCAUCUUGGGUUCUCUCUUCCUCAUCGCCAGUAUCUCUUGGCUCAUCUGGUCGACCUUCAGUCCCUCAGCAAAAUGGCAACGCCAAGACCUCCUCUUCCAAAUCUGCUAUGGGAUGUAUGGCUUCAUGGAUGUGGUGUGCAUAGGCCUCAUCAUCCACGAAGGACCCUCAGUAUAUCGCAUCUUUAAACGCUGGCAGGCUGUCAAUCAACAGUGGAAAGUGCUGAACUAUGACAAGACAAAAGACUUGGAGGAGCAAAAGUCAGGAGGCAGGACAAACCUACGGACUUCCUCAUCAACCCAAGCCAAUAUCCCCUCCACGGAAGAGGAGGCAGCCAGCCCCCCUGCCCGUGAAGAGGGCCCCACCAGGGCUGCCAGCCACCCGUCAGAUCCUGUGUCCCAACACCACUGUGCUUAUACCAUCCUGCAUAUCCUGAGUCACUUGAGACCUCAUGAACAGCGGAGCACGCAGGGCAGCAGCCGAGAACUCGUCAUGAGAGUCACCACCGUGUGAAAGGAGGCCUGGGAGGAAGGCUGAGACCACGCACACCAAGGAAAGAGGCAGGGCCAGGAGGGGCCCAGGAAGCAGGAAUGGGAGACGGAAACCCAGCAGUGGGUGGGUGGGGGCGCGAGGGAGCGUGGAGCAGAGGGGAGCUAUGGGGAGGCUGCCUGCGGGAGAGCUGUUAUGAUUUCCUAUCUGUUGGAUUCACAGCAAGGGAAAAACCAACACAAAUUCCACAACAACAAUGGGCAGGGACCAACGGAACCUGCCCUAAGAAAACAUUCCUCCCCGGAGAAUGACAAACAGCAAGGCAUCCAAAAAGAGUUGGGCAGAAAAUGUGACCGGUGCUUGAGGUACCUGCUGUACCUGUGGGUGUCAGGGCAGCAAAGAGAAAAAGCUAAGGCCGCCCAGGGAAGGGCUUUUGUAAUUAGCUCCUCUCUCUGAGUCUUGGGUUUGCUCCUCCCUGGGUGCUGCUGGGUGCCCCAGGGAGAGAGUGGGACCUUGGGAGCUGGUACCCCUACCAGGCUUGGGGGAGGGGGGCUCUACACUCUGCAAAGUUCCAAUGACUCAAAUGGCUUUACGGAUCCCCCACCCCCAGACCGUUCAGCAAGGGAGCUAUUGAUAUGCCUGGGCAGAUACGGAACUUUCCUAGCUGUAACUACAAGUGUCACAUGAGUUCAAAGAUGGCUGAAGGUUAGGGUAUCUUUUUGUUCGCUUCUUGAUUUUAUGACGAUUUGGCUUAAAGAUGUUUACAGGGGAACUCGCACACAUACGUGUGUGCAUGUAUUUGUGUGUGUGUGUGUAGAGGGGGAGUACGGACUUCUUGUUUGUAUCUCGAGCACAGUCUGCUGCUGUGGCUUCAACCUUCUGUCAGGCCAGGGGUAAUUUUCCCCGACAUUAAGCCCCACCCACAAAAAGGAUAAUGCAGUCCACACACACACACACACACACACACACACACACACACACACACACACCAGACCUUCCCACCUGGGUCUGCUGCAUUGUAGGGUGAUACUGGCCUGUGUAUCUCAAAGGAGUGAACCCCAAUCUAAGUAUUCAUGGCGGCUUGGCACCAGUGCCCUCCCUUGUGUUCAGUGAAGUGUGCACCUUGGCCCUUCUUGUACAGCCAAGUACACCACGGAGCCAGCCACAGGACACCGUCUUAGGAGCCCCCCUGUGAGUUCCAGGAUCUGCCAGGGAAGGCACUGGGUGGUCACCUGCACAGUUUCUUACUGUCAUUGCACAAUGGACAUGCCAUCCUUGGGUAUUAAAUGGACACUGUCAAGUACUUUUUUAAACUAGUUUUUAGGGUUUUUUAAAAACUCUCUGUUAUUUGUAAUAUUCUCUUAAAAGCUUGGAAAUAAAAUUUCUUUCCCUA